ACUGGCGUGGCACGUGAUCGAUUAGCUACAAAAAUGGCGAAAGAUAUCUGACACAGUUCGACAGUUUUCGUAGGUGUCGUUGUCGGUUUUCGCGGGAUAUCUUUCUCGAGCCGACAAGAUGAACAUUUCCUUCUCAGGCUGCGGUUUUCUGGGGAUGUACCAUGUUGGGGUGGCGUCCUGUAUCAUACAGCACGCGCCCAAUCUCCAGCUGCAGAAGUUGGGAGGAGCAUCUGCGGGAGCGCUGAGUGCUGCCAUGUUGCUGUUCGGAUGCGAUCUCAGAGAGUGUACAGACUCAGUGCUCAGACUGGCCACACAGGCCAGGAAACGUGUCCUGGGUCCCAUGCACCCCAGCUUCCGCCUGGUGAAGACCCUCCGGGAGGGCAUGCGCCGGGUCUUCCCUCCCAACGCUCACGAGAUAGCCUCUGGACGGCUCUGUCUUUCAGUGACCAGAGUGUGCGAUGGACAGAACGUCAUCCUGGACCAGUUUGACACCAGGGAAGAGCUGAUCCAGGCUUUGAUCUGCUCAGCUUUUGUACCUGUGUACUGUGGCCUGGUGCCACCAAUGUUCAAGGGAACGAGAUAUGUGGAUGGAGGUCUAAGUGACAACUGUCCGCACCUUGGAAAGAACACCAUCAACGUGUCCCCCUUCUCAGGAGAGGCCGACAUCUGUCCUGUGGACAAACUGUCCAACAACUUGUUGAACUUCUCCAUGACCAACACCAGUAUUCAGUUCACCACCACCAACAUGUGGCGCAUGGCCAUCGCGUUCUUCCCACCAGAACCCGAGGUUCUACAGGAAAUCUGCAGGCAGGGGUUCAACGAUGCUCUCCGUUUUCUACGGGAAAAUGACCUGAUAGGCUGCAUGAGGCAUGUCAGCAGUGUCAAGUCUAUGAGCGAAGCUUUCAGUGACUACAGCGGCAGGUCAACCAGCGAAUGUAGCAAUGAUAGCUCUGCAGAAGUGUUUGUUGAGAUUGACAGGGACAGAAGAGAAGAAACCGCCACACAGGAAAAAGAAGAUUGUUCAGAGUGCAAGUCAGAAAUCCAUCAUGCAAACAAGCAGACACUUCCAACUCAGGUUUUAGAUGUUUUUCAGGAAGCCAACAGGAAGGGCAUACUACAGAGUAUUCUGAACAGCCACAUGGCCAGCUUUGUAUCUGUGGUGACUCUGCCUUAUAUCCUACCAUUCGAGACAGCCUUCAACUACACUCUCAGGUUUGCUGAGUGGGCACCUGAAGAGACGGCAUACUACCUGAAGAAGCUGUUGAAGCACCUGGAGUCACGGGUGGAGGUACAGGCCUGCCAGCUGAAGGAAAAGGUGAUGGACUUGGGGUCAAAGUCCACCUACAGUCAGCAGCUCACAGACUGCAGGCUUGUUGUCUUCCUGAAAAGACUCCUGGAUGAGCUGCAUAGAAGAGGAGUCAUUUCAUGGAGAGGGCUGCCGGCUACUGACUCCUCACCACUUUGGGACAACAUGGCCGAAUCUUCUCUCUUGUCCUUAGAAUGCCCUGAAGACGUUGUUGUGCUAAACGACAACCCAACAUUCAGACACCGCCCUCGUUUCUACUUUGAUGACAUCCUGGACAACAGUGAAAUAUGGGACAUGGACACCCUCCUGACAUUUGUAGAUACACAGGACUACAUAGUGCACAGGGUGGACUGGGUAGAUGCUGUGGUUGCAUCUUACUACAGCAAGACGAUUGACGGUAACUUGGAUGACUGCAAAGAACUGGAAGUGAGCAUAUCUGAGGACGAGGGGAUCGCUAGUUUGGCAGAUUCCACUGAAGUGGCCUUCCUGUACAAUUCCAAACUUUAAAACUGAGAAGAGUUUACUGGUUGAUUACCUUUCGACAGUUUAUGUACAUGCACAUCAUAUGCAUUUGUACAUGUAACCAAUGAGUAUAAAAGAAAGAAUUUAAGUAAGAAUUUUAUCUUUGUAAAAUGUGCAAAGAAAAACUGAUUUUUGUACAUUAUGCGCACCUUCACACUCAAUUGUAGAUAAAAAUGAUUAAGUGUAUUGUGUCAAGGGAAAACCGUCAAUGUUUUAUGUUCAUUGAUUUCACCACAGCUUCCUGCAGGUUUGCAAUAUUGGAGCAUUUCUGUGAAACGUCAGAGAUAAAUACAUGAAACUCUGGAGAGACACAAAGUCUUUUGCUACCUCAGGUUUAGAACAGACAUGUGCCUUAGCCAAUAAACCUUCAUGUUCACAGUCAAAUCUGUACAAGUGACCACCUCUACAUAAGGAGCCCCUGGCUAAUGUGACUCCUUGUUGUUGGUCCUUUAGGUAAUUCUUCAUAUGAAACAUACUGAAUUCUGCAUAUAGAUCAGACUUUGUUGGUCCCCUGAAUGGUCUCCUUGGGUGUUUUUGAUUGUAUGAGGGACCACUUAUGACUUAAGACGUGGACCAGUAUAGACCAACAGCAAAGUGUAGUUAAAUGCUGUUAUCAGUACAUGUGCAAAUGCAAUGUCCUCUCAUGUGCCAAAGCUGAUGCAUAAAAGACAAACAAACAUGUUACUCCUUACAUGCAUUAAGAAAUCUGUACCAAUAGAAUGUCUUCAGAACAUGUGGACCAUUUAGAUAAAACACUUAGGCCACAGCAAGUAAAUUGUAUGAAUGACAUUCUCUGCAGACUGCAAAAAUAAUGAGACAGGGCAAAAAACAAGAUGGGUAAACAAAACAAGAUUCAACAUGGACACCAUAACUGUUAUAAAUAGAAUUGAAGUGACAAAAAAUGGUGUCAUUUAUUACUGUUUUCAAGAAGUGCGGUCAACGUGGCAGACUGGCAUCACCAUGUUUGCAACCCCACUCAUGGCUUCCAUAUUGGUGCCAGUUUUACUAGUUUCAGUUCUACAACUACGGUCAUAGCUUCCUCACUUGUGUCUUUUUUACAAGUACAAUUAUUAGACUAUAACACAUUUUCCCAUUUUUGUCAUGUCCCACAGGAGAAAAAAAUUAUUAUCUUUUUUGAAAUUAAAAAAAAUUCAUGAGCACGUUGAUGUCAUCCAUAGAAUUUACUUGCUGCAUAGGGCCUUAUAAGAGAAUAUGUAUGUACAUGUGUACAUGAAAUAAUUUUUUAAGAUGAUAAGGAUAUUUAAAGUUGAGCAUAAUGAGCAGAUGUCAUCCAAGUAACAAAGUGAAUACCCACUAGUAUUGUAAAUGAAGAUAGUAGAAUAUGUGUUGGUUAUAUGCAAUCAAUGAUAGCAAAUUUCACACGUGAAUCCAGCUGUCAGUGGGUAUUAUACAUGUAGUAAUAUGUAUGUCCAUAUAGCAAAGUUGAAAUAGAGAUAUUACGAGUCAUAUGCAAGUACUUACAUUAAAUGAUACAUUUCUUUCUUGUCAGUGAAAGUUAUUGAGGUAUUUUAAUUAUGCACACACAUUCUAUUAUACACGAUGUGAUGUGCCAAACUAACGGGGGCAAUUGCAUAUUAAAGAUAUGUGCUUUCCAAAGCACUGGCAAUAGCAAGUGAUGUGCCAAACUAACGGGGGCAAUUGCAUAUUAAAGAUAUGUGCUUUCCAAAGCACUGGCAAUAGCAAGUACAUUGUACAGUUCUUUUAUCUUCAUGACACAAUUGAUGUGACUAGUCCUGCCUUUUAAGUGCUUAGGCCAGAACUGGUCGUCCCUUGCUCCUGUCUGUUGCGGCUCUCCAAAAUGCAGGGUUCUUUGCAUUUGUUCUGUCCGUUGUGUAGGCCUUAUCCUAUCUACAUUAAACUGAUGGAAAACACACUUUUGGUUCUUCGAAUAAACUGAUUGUGCAGUGAUACUGUCUGU